AUGAGGUACCCGUUUUGUGAUUCUUAUCUCCCAAUGCAGACAGAAUACACCAAGGGCCCAACUACCACCCUCUCCUCCAGUGUCCCCUCCUGUAGAUCCCUGUCAUCCAGCGAGGAUGGCCCCAGUGGCCACUCCAGCCUUUCAGAUGGGAAGCUGACCUGGAACGUACAGGACAGCAUCAAGCACCGUAUCCUCUACCUCUCAGAGCAGCUGAGGGUGGAGAAGGCCAGCCGUGAUGAGAACACAGUGGGCUACCUCAAACUGGUAUCCAAGGCCGACCGGCACCAGGCCCUCCACAUCCGGCAAGCCUUUGAGAAGGUGAACCAGCGAACCUCUGCCACCAUCGCCCAGAUUGAGCGAAGGCUCCGCCAGUGUCAUCAGCAGCUGCAGGAGCUAGAGGAGGGCUGCAGGCCCAAGGACUUAGUGCUGGGGACCAAAAGCAGCCUGGACAACAACUGCAAGCAGCCCCGUGAAAAGGUUCUGUGUGCAGAGCCCCCCCGGCCAGGUGGAGAAGACUGCUCAUCCAGCGACCUGUCUACUGUCAUCAGACACGUCCCUCUCCAGGCUCAUUUCCCAGCCUGCCAGCAGCAGAGGUCCUUGGAGAGCAAGUGUGGGGCCCAGCCACGAGCCCUGCUGGAGCAGAAGAUGAAGGAGGAGCUGAGAGAGGUCAAGAUGGUCCACUUGAGCCUGCAGGAGUCCUACCAGAGCCUCAGGGAGCAGUAUCUGACUGACCUGCAAGCAUCGCUGGAGUCCCUUCAGAAGGAAAAGUCUAGACAAGUGCUGCUGGAAGGACAGGUGAAUGGGCACCUGCAGGGGCACCUGGACGAGAUUUACCACCUCAAACAGAACCUGGCCUGCACCGAGGAGAGAAUCGUCUACCUGUCCUAUGAGAGAGCCAAGGAGAUCUGGGAGGUCAUGGAUACCUUCAAGAACCGCAUGGGCAAGCUCGAGGCUCUGCAGCAGGUGACCCAGCUGGGGCUGACAGAACGCCCACAGAGCUGGCCCCAGGACAUCCUGUGCCACUUGACGAGCCUGCUGCUGAAGCUGGCCACGGUGCUCCUGGUUCUGCUGUCCGGCACUUGUGCCUGCCCCCUGCUGCUGCACUUGCGCCUGCACACAUGCACCAUGCUCCUGCUCCUUGGGCUCAGCACCCUGGCCUGGCAGAAGCGGCACGCCAUCUCUGCCCCAGAGUGGCAGGCCUGGGUCCCCUCCAGGUGGAGAUGGUUUGCCAGGGCCUCUCGGCCUCCACCCAAGGGGCCUUAA